GCUCAAAGUCCAGUCAGUUUGAAAUCAGAGACACUUCAUGUAGCAGGAUGUGUCACCAGAAGACAGGACCAUUCCUUCAGUCUCAGUUCAGAGUGUUGCUUGUUUAUCUUCUCCUACAUCGCUUUUGUAGAGGUCAGUCUCAGUUAAUCGGUUCCUCUCAGCCAAUAACUGCUGUAGCGGGUGGAGAUGUUAUCCUGCCAUGUCACCUGGAACCUGCACAAGACGUCACCACCAGUACGCUGGAGUGGACCAGAUCUGACCUGAAGCCCAUAAUUAUCUAUUUGUUACGGGCUGGUCAGGAACUCACGAGUAUGAAAGACCCGUCAUACAAUGGAAGAACAUCAUUGUUUGUUGAAGAACUCAAGCACGGAAACAUUUCACUGAAACUCUCCAAAGUCAAACCUGGUGAUGAAGGGACGUACAGAUGCUUUAUUCCAGGAAAGAAGGAAGAAGCUUUUGUAGAGCUUGUUGUUGCAUCAGCUCCUGUCUCUUCACCCGUCAUCCGUUUAUCAGGGAUGGACAGAGACAGAGGAGGAGUGGUGUUACAGUGUGAAUCCAGAGGCUGGUAUCCAGAGCCUGAGGUGUUGUGGCUGGACGCUGAGGGAAACCUGCUCUCUGCUGGACCU